GAUUUAUUUUUCUUGAUUUACAGACAAAUAUUUUACUUGUGUGAAACCUGUAAAUGAACCAGUUUGGUAAUAUUGAAUAAAAAUGCCGGUGUUUCACACGAAGACGAUUGAACAGAUUUUGGAACCGGUUGCGGAACAAGUGUCCCAUCUUGUCAUCCUUCACGAACAGGGGGAAGAUGGCGCGGCAAUUCCUUCUUUGAUGAAACCGAUUCAAGCCGUGAGUGCGGCUGUAAACAACCUUGCAAAAGUUGGGACGGCGCAAAUCCAAACAUCUAAGGAUGAAGUUCUUAAACUUGAUACACCGGAGGCGAUCAACAAAGUGAAGUCUAGUGCCGACCUUCUGCUUGAUUCGGCCAAACUUAUUGAGGAAGAUGAAUAUUCAAAGCAAGGAAGGGAGAAGUUGAUAGCUGGGUCGAGGGGAAUCCUCCAAGGAACAUCCGAUCUUCUUCUCAUCUUUGAUGAAGCUGAGGUUCGUCGUAUUUGUCAUGUUUGCCGCAGAGUUCGGGAUUAUCUUAAAGUAUCGGAAGUUGUGGCCGGGAUGGAAGACCUUGUUACUUAUGUUAAAAACCUUACACCAGGAAUGACAAAUCUAUCUGACUUGGUGUUGCAAAGGUCCAAGGAUCUCACCAACGCUUUGCAUGCCGAUCAAUUGAAAACUGGAGUUGCAGAUUUACGGAAUCAGUUGCCCAACUUAAUAUCAAGUAUGAAGAUAUUCGUUACAACUGUAGAUGGGAGUGGUGUUGGAAGUGAAGCAUCUGUUCACAACAGGCAAUAUUACGUCAAGAAUCUUUCUGAUAUUAUCACAGAAAUAAUUCGUGUUUUACAACUUGUGUCCACCGAUCAGGAGAUACUUGUCGACCCAACAAACGUAUUACAGUUGAAACAAGUCCGAGACAAGAUGGCAAACAAUCUGAUUGCUGCGAACCGCUGGCUUAAUGAUCCUAACGCACCUCCCGACACAGCGGAUGAACUCGCCCUUCGACAAACUUUGGAUCAAGCUCGGGAGAUCGGGAGCAAAGCUGGUGGGGCGUUGGGAGCAAAGAUAAUGGACAAGUGCAACGACAUUGGUAUUAUGACGGAGAAGCUUGCCGCUCUGCGCAAACAAAACAAAGGUAAUUCAGCGGAAGCCCGUCGUCUUGCAAAUCAAAUUCAAACGGCUUUGAAUGGUUUGUUGCAAGAUGUGGAUGACGCAUUAAAGAAUCUGGAAGAAAUUGAUGAAGCAUUUGGUGUAGUUUCAAGCAAGACGCCUUCUGCUAAGGAAUGGCUGGCUGAUCCUCAAGCUAAACCAGGACCUGGUACUGGAUCUCAAGAUAUCAGAGACAUUAUUGGGGCAACCAGGAAGAUAGCAAAGAGUUUGGCUACCAAUCCCCAAACAGCCAAAGAUGCGGCCGAACUAAUGAAGAUGUGCGAUGAGUUAGAUGAGUUGAUGGAGAAGUUGGAUGCUUACAGGGAGAGAGGGGAAGGACAUCUACCUGAAGCUAGACAUCUUGCGAAGCAAGCUGCAGAUAAGAUUGGGCAAAUCAACGCAAAGAUUGGUAAAGCACUCGCAUCAGGUGGUUUGCCCCAAACACUGGAAGCGAAGUUGGAUGUGGCGAACCGUUGGCUUGACCACCCUGGUGUAGAGGAUGGAGGAAAAGGGAUGCUGGCCGCUAGGAGUGUCAUGAGUGAUGCAAGGAAACUGGCUGUGGAAUGUGAUAAUCCUGUAAUCAAAGCAGCUUUGCUACAAAAUGCUGCAGAGUGUGAGAGUUUGUGUAAUCAGCUUGCUGAUCUGGUUAAGCAAGGUAAAGGUGGUUCACCUGAAGCGAGAAGAAUCGCCGAAGAACUCCAGCAGAAACUACAAGAGUUGAAGCAAAACAUGAAGUUGGCGGUGAUCGGUCAAGUUGCUGAUGAGUUUUCAGACACAACAACCGUGCUCAAGCAAUUCGUAACUGCUGCUUCAGCUCCUAAGGAUGUAGCGGGGCGAGAAGAGAAGUUUGCAGAAAGGUCUCAAGCUCUUACCAAACAAGCACAAAAGUUGGCGAACCUAGGAAUACAAGCUGUGGCAACCAGUGAGCUUGGUGCUGAGGAAAAAGUGGCAAAAGCUACACUUUCAGCAAAGAAGAUUCAAGAACUUACACCACAAGUUAUUAAUGCAGGGAAAAUUGUUCUUGAUUAUCCUGAGAAUAAACUUGCCAAGGAACAUUUGAAAGCUCUCACAGAUGAAUGGACGGAACAUGUGGAUGACCUCACUGAGCAAGUGGAUGACGCGAUGGAUGUUGUGGAUUUCAUUAAAGCAUCAGAAGAUGGGAUCAAGAAAGAUCAUAAAACUUGUAUGAAAGCUCUGCAGGAUAACCAACCAACAGUUGCUUUGCCAGCUGCCGGUAACAUUGCACGCCGAGCUCAUCGUAUAUUGAUGGCAGGUAAGAGGGAGGUUGAGAAUACAGAUGAUGCUGCUUAUGUGCAAGAGUUGAAAGGUAACUUAAACAACCUGAGUCGAACCAUCAACCCUAUGGUACAAGCUACUCGUGAAUACGCCAACAAUCCAAACUCUAACGCUGCCAAGGAUAAUGUUAGGGAAUGUGAUGAUCAGUUGAUUGCAGCUGUAGCACAAGUGAGGAACACAGUGGAAGCGAGAAGGAUCGAACAACAAGCCAAGAAUAUUGUGAUUGAGGAGGAACCUCCACCCGUACCUCCCCUGCCACAGGAUUGUGAGGCAGCUCCUCCCGUUCCUCCUCUGCCUGAGGAAGAAGAAUUCCCCGAGGAGCAAGAAGAAGAUGUCCCGAUGAUGCAAGCGGCUCGUGAGUUGCAUGAGGAGGCAAGAAAGUGGGAGAGCAAAGGAAAUGACAUCAUUGCGACUGCAAAGAGAAUGGCUCUUCUUAUGGCGAAGAUGUCGCAUCUUGUAAGAGGGGAGGAGGGAAGAAAGAGUGAUCUAAUAGCUUGUGCCAAGGAGAUUGCUAAAGCAUCGAAUGAAGUAACCAGACUUGCUAAUGAGGUUGCUGAUAAAUGCUCUGAUAGAAGGAUCCGCACAGACAUGAAGAAAACAUUAGAUCGAAUCCCAACCAUUAGUACACAGCUGCGUAUAUUGUCCACUGUCAAAGCUGCUUCACUUGGUGAUAACAUGGAUAUGACUAAGGAGGAAGAAGAAGCUGCAGAGCAGGCCACUGAGAUGUUGGUACAUAACGCACAGAACCUCAUGAUGAGUGUGAAGGACACCGUCCGUUCCGCUGAAGCUGCGUCUAUCCGGAUCCGCACCGAAGCCGGUGUUAUGAUGAGAUGGGUACGCAAGUCAUAAUCAUUGUGCCAAUAUAUACAACAUUGCCAUUGUUUAAAUACUUUAGUUUUCUAAGCAAUGCAUUUGUCAGCAUAUUGUGAUUAGUUUAUUAUACCCUACUAAUUAUUAUUGUAUAAAUUGGAAUAUUAAUAAUAUAAAAUAUACUUGAUAAUAUAAGUGUUACAAUAUCAAGUAUUUAUAAUUUUUUAUAAAUCAUUCACACUUGUAAAACACCCAUGAUAUUGAAGCAACCCCCCUCUUGCACUGGUUCUAACAUCUUAUCAUUGUGUUUCAACAUCCCAUGAGUUCUUGUGGUUGAAUAUUAUAAAUGUUUAGUCAAGAAACUUUUACCUGGAAUUAAAAACUGUAAUUUUGCGUAAUAACUUUUAAAAGAUCAAAAUAUUAUUUUAAUAAAGCGCUCGACUGCUGUAAGUACAUAACACAUUUAAUGUAUUUGGUUUCAUUGUAGAUUCUGGUGACGUAACUUUUGUUUGCUGCCGCACCAAGCAGUUAUAUAAAGUAACUUAGAUUGUGAACAGUAUUAGAUGUUUAUACACUGCACUCUAUAAAGUUUCAAUCGCUGUAAAUGUACAUUUAUUAGGAGUAUUGACAUUGCUUUCAACACUAAUUGUAUAUAAUGCACUAAUUUCCAUUCAACCAAGACAUAUAAUAAUCAUGAAUGACAAAUUAUUAUGGCUGUUUGUACACUAAGCACAUUUAUUAUUUGCA